AUGGAAUAUCUCGCCCUUCCUCUUCUUCCUCCUCCUCCUUCUUCGUUUCCUACGGUCUUCGUGGCUCUUAGUGGGAGCAGGAAAAGCAAAUAUGUGGUUACAUGGGCGCUCGAAAAAUUUGGUCCAGAAGGAAAUGUUGGCUUCAAGCUACUUCAUAUCCAUCCAAGGAUUACUUGUGUACCUACACCUAUGGGAAAUACAAUCCCUAUUUCCGAGGUACGAGAGGAUGUCGUAACUGCGUACAGACAGGAAAUACUGUGCCAGUCUGAACUAGUGCUUACACCUUUCAAGAAAAUGUUCGAGAAGAGAAAGGUUGCAGUAGAAGUUCUUGUGAUCGAGUCAAAUAAUGUGGCAGCCGCUAUAGCUGAAGAAGUUAUUCGGAAUUCAACAGAAAGACUUGUCAUUGGAAGCUCAUCCCGAAGAUUUUUCUCAAGGAGAGUUGAUCUGUGCUCAGCAAUAUCAGCAUUGAUGCCAAACUUUUGUACAGUCUAUGUUGUUUCAAAAGGAAAAUUGUCAAGCGUCCGGCCAGGAUACUUAGACGCAAAUGCAAGUAUAAGAGAUGAUACCUCUAGCAGUUCUUCCCGUCCCAUCUCAGAAUCAACAGAUGGAACUUCAAGUGCACGUGACUCUUCCUCUAGUUCUAUAUCCCUUCCGGUAAGGAGAUUGCAACAUUUAACGACUGCUGCAAGACAAGCUUCAGCUCAAAUGGAAACGAAUUCUGUUGGCUCGGAAGUAACCAUGUGCAUGUCUAUGGAUGUUUCACGUACCAAUAAAAGCAGCAUGGAUACUAAAUCACCUUCGACUCCAGGGUUGAGAGAUAAUGAGGAAAGAAAAAAGCCAAUGAGUUCUUCUUCUAGCAACCUUGAAUAUGGGAACGCCACUCACUCUCGUUCUUCUCAACAAGCUUCCAGCAUGUGUGAUAAUAUAAGUGAACAAUCUUAUACAAGUAACCAGGUAAACCUAAGCUUUGAGGUUGAUAAGUUGAAAGCUGAGCUUAGACACAUUCAAGAAAUGUAUACCGUUGCUCAAACCGAAAUCUUUGAUGCUUCUCGAACGCUUGGUGAGCUUAACCAACGCCGGUUAGAAGAAGCCAGAAAGCUUGAAGAGAUAAAGCUAAAGGAGUACGAAGCUCAAGAGUUAGCAGAAAAGGAGAAGCAGAACUUUGAAAAGGCGAAGCGAGAUGUAGAGAGCAUGAGAGAAAAAGUGGAGAAAGAAAUUGCACAGAGAAGAGAAGCUGAGAGGAAAGCCACUCGUGAUGCUGAAGAGAAAGAGAAGCUUGAAGGCACACUUGGGACUCCCCAGCUGCAAUAUCAACACUUCACUUGGGAGGAAAUUGUGGCGGCUACUUCAUCUUUCUCAGACGAGAUGAAGAUCGGAAUGGGAGCUUGUGGAGCUGUUUACAAGUGUAACAUGCAUCAUACAACCGCAGCUGUCAAAGUUCUGCAUUCCCCUGAAAGUCGUCUGUCCAAAGAAUUCCAACAAGAGCUCGAAAUCUUGAGUAAGAUUCGGCACCCGCACUUGGUUCUCCUUCUAGGAGCAUGCCCAGAGCAAGGAGCUUUAGUUUAUGAGUACAUGGAAAACGGUAACUUGGAGGACAGGCUAUUCCAGGUCAACAACACUCCACCACUCCCCUGGUUUGAGCGGGUUAGGAUCGCUUGGGAAGUCGCAUCGGCUCUUGUCUUCCUCCACAAAUCAAAGCCUAAACCCAUCAUUCACCGCGAUCUAAAACCCGCAAACAUCUUACUUGAUCACAACUUUGUCAGCAAAGUUGGGGACGUUGGACUCUCAACGAUGGUUCAAGUCGACCAUUUAUCAACUAAGUACACUAUAUACAAACAAACAAGCCCUGUAGGGACGAUAAGUUAUAUGGAUCCUGAGUAUCAACGUACAGGAAUGAUAUCAUCUAAGUCAGAUGUUUAUUCGUUUGGAAUAAUACUCCUUCAGCUUCUCACAGCAAAGCCGCCUAUGGCUUUGACACAUUUUGUUGAGAGUGCGAUGGAUACUAACGAUGGGUUUCUCAAGAUCUUAGAUCGAAAAGCGGGUAACUGGCCAGUUGAAGAGACCCGUGAGUUGACAGCAUUGGCUUUGUGUUGCACAGAGCUACGAGGGAAAGAUAGGCCUGAUUUAAGAGAUCAGGUUCUUCCGGCGCUCGAGAGCAUGAAAAGAGUAGCUGAGAAGGCAAGACAUUCAGUCUCCGGGGUGCCAACGCAGCCUCCAACUCAUUUCCUUUGCCCCUUACUUAAAGUAACCCUACAUAAUCUUUGUUCUUUGUUAUUGGUUACUUGCAAGUCAAGUAACUAGUAGUGUUUUUUUAUUGCCUAAGCUGGAAGUGGUUGUGAACUUGUGAUGAAAAUGUGAGAGCUUGUUCUAUACAAUGCAGGACGUGAUUAACGAGCCUUGCGUUGCAGCUGAUGGAUACACAUAUGACCGUCAUGCGAUAGAAAAGUGGUUUGAGGGGCACAACACGUCGCCGAUGACUGAUUCACCCUUAAAUAACAAGGACCUUUUGCCCAACUAUACUCUUUAUACAGCCAUCAUGGAGUGGAGGUGUAGACUGAAGUAAAAGCAAUAACUGUGUAGCGUUUUUUUUUAUGUUCUCAGACAUUUCCUUCUGCAUGUCCAUAUAUCCAUAUCUUGAUGUGUCGGAUGUAAGGAAACUGUACUGAUACGUUUCCAUAUUGUCUGAAAACGAUGUGGCACGGAUCUUACAUUAAAAACAGAAACCGCUGGCCUUAUAUAUUUUUGUUAAUUAUAUUUAUUUAUGGUACAUAGCUCGAUCAUUGUCUAUCGUCUCUUUCUUGAUUACACAAAAAGAAACCGUACCUUUUUCUCUUUGAUACAAAAACAAAAAGACUUUAUAUCCCUUGAAGUGGAAGAAACCCUAAUAAUCCGAGGCAAGGUGACCUACUGUUUUUCAAGUUUGGCUGCCGUGUAAUUGCUUUGCUAUAUAUAUGUAUCAAUGACUGCAUCAGUACUAUCCAUGUUAAAGAGUUCAUUCCAGCAAAAACUAUAUAAAGGUACAAAGCACAUAGCUACCUCUACUUCAAGUCAUAGAGUUGUUCGUUGAAUGGCAUGAAAAGACUCACUAGUGAACAUAACAAAAGAUGAAACAUGCAGUGCAGAUUAAAGUCCUCUAUCCAAAUA